CUGUUAUCUCCUAAGUAAGAAACCAGAUAAACUUCGGACAAGGAAUUGAUUUUUUCUUUGAUCAACAUAUAACUUAGUUAUUAACAAACAGUGAAAGAAGAGAUGGAUGAAGAAUCAAAAAUGUCUGAUACAGAUAUCAGACAUAUACAGGCUCUGUUGUUUGAACAGAUUGUUAUGUACGGUGAAAGUGAAGACACAGUGAAGUUAUUGGACAAACACAAAGAUAUCUUAGACUUGGAAAUAUUUAUUGAAACUGAUCAAACAUGUACCUGUGCCAAAAUAUAUGAAUCCUUCCCUUACGCUUCACUGCCAGACAGCACAAGUCAAGUGGAGGCUUUGUUAGAUGUUUUAUUGGACGAUAUUCGUAGCGGAAUUUGCCAUUGUCAUUCCAGUGAUGAGAGUAGACUCAGGGACUGCAAACCAUCGCUAAGUUUGAUACACAUAGCCUCUGGGCUAGGAUUACAGAACAUUGUCCGACUGUUUAAACAGUAUGGUUGUAAUCUUAACGUGAGAACAAGUAUAUAUGAAAGGACAGCACUUCAUUUUGCAGUGAAGAAACAUCAAAUCGAUGUUGUCGACUUUUUAUUAUCACAAAACGUUGAUGUGAAUGUCCAAAGUAAUCCAGAUAAAGUAUCGCCACUAGCCUUAGCAAUGGUCAGUCGUUUUAAAGAUAUAGUAGAAAAGUUGUUGAAAGUGAAGAAUAUUGAUUUAGAUAUUCGUAACAGUAGUAACGAAGGUCCAGUUAUCUUGGCAAUGCAUCUGGUGGAUGAAGAGAUGUUUGGGAUGCUUCUAGAUGCUGGGGCCAGUCCAAAUGUGACUGAUGAUCGGGGGAAUUCAGCAUUGAUGUUAGGUACCGUCAGGGGAGCUUGUUAUGUUAAAAAGUUAAUUUCCAAAGGAGUCAAUCUUAAUGCUAGGAACAGGAGACAUGAAUCAGCACUGUUCUUUGCUACUUAUGUUGAAAAUGAAGAGAUCGUACAGAUGUUACUCCAGGCUGGUGCCGACCCUAAUCUGACCUCAAGUGAUGGAACUACUGCUCUUUUAACAGCCUGUUAUCAAGGAUCAACAAAAAUUGUUCAGAUUCUGGUCAACCAUAAAUCUGACAUUAAUGUCAGUAAUCCACAGAGAUAUUCCUCUAUCCACAUUGCUGCAUGGAAUGGAUACUAUCAGAUAGUCAACAUUCUGCUCAAGGCAGGAAUGCACCACGACACACCCACACGAGAUGGUAACACACCCAUUGCCUUAGCAGCACAUGGGGGCCAUCAGAGUGUCAUUGAUAUUUUAUUGCCAUUAGGUUGUAAUGUAAACAAUGCCGAUAAGGACAAGGACACUGCUUUACAUUAUGCGGCAUACAACAAUAUGGUCGAAGGAGUCCGAAAACUUCUGGAAUGUGGAGCCGAUCCAAAUUGCCAAAACAGCUACAAAGCCACUCCUCUUUGGAAUGCCGUGUACAUGAAACACAAAGACAUUGUAAAACUACUUCUAACGGCUAAUGUAGAAAUGGAAGUAACAAGCGUAGGUAUUAAUCAACAUUCCCAAAGUGACACAGCAGUACAGAUUUAUCCCAAGCCUCGCUCGCCUCUCUAUGUUGCAGUUGACCGAGGAUGUUUUGAAAUUAUGUUGUUACUGAUAGCAGCUGGUUACAAUCUUCAUAGUGAGGCAUGGGUAUUUAGUGACGAUAUGUAUCCUAAAGAAAAUCGUGAUUUAAACAUGCAAGCAUUAUUGAAAAAGUUUGCCUCAGAACCUCCACGAAUGAUAGCAGUGUGUAGAAACUUUUUCAGAAGGUCAUUUGGUCAGCAGAUUCACAAUAAAGUGCAACAUUUAGAACUUCCAGUGACUUUAAAGAAUUAUUUGAUAUUAGGAGAUGUACUCAGUUGAUUUCUCUGUUUAUGUUCCCAACUUUCUGUGAUUAAAUAUAUAUUAAAUGU